AGAUUCGUCCAUUUCGAACGUCUGUAUAGCACAUGAAAGCAAAUCAAAUUACAGAGUCUCGAUGAACUACAGAAAUUCUGAUAAACUUUUCUAACCCGUGAAAAGCUAUAGCAACUACUUCUGUAAACUAUGAUGGAAAAUAUGCAAGCACUCAUCGUAAACAUACGCAUCAAUUCUGUAGUAAUAAGAUCGGACUACAACAGAAUGAAAUAAUAUUCGCGACACGGCAUUCAUUCGACUUACAGUCAAUGGACUUAGUGAAUCGAUACGAUUCACGUUAUUUAUUUAUUUAGAAUCUACGUGUAGAUUCUAAAUACUUUUAUAUUAUUUUCUGUCAAUACUAAUUUAUUUUUAAACUUUUUUUAUUUUCGUACAUGAUAUCAGAUCACUAUCUAACUUAUUCCACCCAAGUACAAAACGAGAAAAGAAAGACAUUUCGAAUCUCUUUGUACCUGUGAGUGUAUUUAGUUUGUUGGAUGUUUGAGAACGCAAAGCGUGACGGAAAUUUAAAUUUUUUAUUCGAUUAUCCUAUAAGGUUUUUUUGGAAUUUUUAUUUUAGACCGUUUUUUGCCGAGUUAGUGAAACUUAAGAGGGGUCGUAAUCUGACACAAUGGAAAACUCGUGAAUUGUAAUAGUUAAAUACUUGAAACAAACACAAAAGACACAAAACACUCCAUUGAGUUUCCAAUCAAUUUUGGAAAUAUGAAGUCUUAGUGACUUUUAGUUUUUAUUUCACAGUGUUUCUGUGGAAAGCUCAAAACGAGGGGAGGGGGGAAUUCCCUUAAGGAUCUCUCUCUAUCAAAAACAUAUUUUCACCUCAGAAUAUUCGCUUUUGAUAAAAUUGGUGUUAGUGUGACCAAGGUUUCUCUGAUAUUUUGAGUGCUAAAUUGCUGGGGCGAUUUUUUGCUGCUCUAUAUACGACUCCCAAAUAACGUUGUUGGGGAAUAUUACGUUCAGAUAAAAGAUAACAGAAUGCUCCCAGGUUAUAUAAUGUGAAGAAAUCAUUAUCUCUCAAGGUUUUAUUAAUGAGUUUAUACAAAACGAUUCGAGACUAUAAUGAACGUCUACUGUUACUACGUGACACUCCUGAUAACAACUUUUUCUUUUUACGAUGUUGAAGUUUCUUCUAGACUAAAUAACUUUCGUGAUUUAGGAAUCCAGAGAAACUGAGAUUUUGUCACUACAAUUGCCAACAUAGAGACAAUAUCAACAAAACCAAUCAUAUACAAUUUCCUGUCAGUUUAUAACAUUUAUUACGAACUAUUUUAGCUCUUUUCACUAACUUUUGCUACUUUGAUUCAAAUGGUCUUCACUUUCAAAAACUGAAUACUGAAUGUAUUUACAGGUUAAAGUAUUGCAAUGCUGAACUGUUAGCCUAAAACAGAUUUAGGAGUCCAAUUUCCUUUGCAACUUUCCUUAAGUAGCUAGGUCCUACUGAUGGCUCAACUGUACCUUUGGCUCAUCCUUGCUCCAAUCGGUGUUUCUAAUAGAAUUUAUCCUCUGAGCGCACGAGUUCGCUCUGUUUAUUUUUCGCAAAGCGUAGACGUUUCAAAUCUAAACAGAAAGGCAUCAGGAAUUAGAGGAAAAUUAAAAAACAGGUAAAUUCAACUGCUCUCCUGUCUUUUCUGUGUUCUAAACAGCAAAAUCACUCACUAGUUAAAAAGUUUUUCUUAUUUUCUCUUAAAUAUAAAAUAAAUUCUAGUAGAAACCAAAGCAUAUAUUGUGUACUCUGCUUUUCUGAGAAAAGCGUAAAAGGGAUCGUAUUUUUAACUUUCGAAGCAUAUGAUAGAUGUUGUUCAAGUGAAAAACAGCUGAAGUUCAGUUCCUGAUUAUUUUUCCAUAUGGCUUUCAUGGGCUAGUUGAUAGAUAACUAAAACUGUUGUAAUGCUCUUUUCUGCAGAUUAUUCAAACGAAUAUACAUUAUUGGACCUUGAUAAAUUUAGAAACGGGAAUUAUUAGGUGAAACACAACAAGUUUAUAUAUCCAUUAAAACCAGGCAAGACUAGCCAUCAAACAUUGAACAAGUUUAUAUGGAUGGGAAUAACAUGAUGUUUCUAUUUUGAUUCGUUACGUCGUUUAUGUUUAAAUAAUCAUGGUAGAAAAACAGAAAAAACAAUUGGAUAAAUUGCGGCAGCAUGAAAUGAAAGAAUUGUGAUUCCACAUAUUAAUUUAAUAUAUGAUUCAACAAAACAAUUGGAAACGAUUGGUACAGUUAUUAUUCAAAGUGCACAACCAAAAUAUAAAACAACUGAUGAUAUGCUAGUGGAUUUGGCAAAGCAGAAUCAUAAUAAAAAUGAACGUAUGAUUAUUGUAACAGCUGAUCGCGUUUCAGCUGUCCAAUUGAAGAAUGAAGGUUGUCAAUUGGUGAAGCCUUAUCAUUGA